GACUGGUUCUGCAGCUUGAAGUUCAGAAAAUGGUCAAAUACUUUCUCUGCUCCUCUGAUGCUGCUUGGCCUGCUUUGUUCAUCCAGCUCUACAACCUUGUUAUCUCAGAUUCUCCAGCAUCUGCAGUUUCUACUAUCUCUCAAAUACUUUCUCAGUCUCUUAGAGAAGAAAUUUUGAUUUGUUCGUAAACAGCAGUUGUUUUCCCCUUCGGGUGUUUUAUUCCCAGUCUCUGAUUGGAAUAGGGACAGUGGACUGACUGCCAGAAUGUUGCUGACCGUUUUCUCCAUUUCCCUGUGUUUUUCCUGGGUCUCUCCCGACUGUAAGUCACGCACAACGAUUUUCACAAUAAUCUCAGGAAUACAGGAUUAUCCUGAGGUCACUGCUACUGGAAUGCUCAACGGAGUCCAAAUAGCUUAUUUUGAUAGUAAUAACCAACGCAGUCUCCCCAGGCAGCAGUUCAUGGCUGAAUCUCUCGAUAAGAAAUUCUGGGAUGAAGACACAGAUCUGACAAUCACACAUACUAGGCUUCUAAAGGAGAAUCUGAAAGCAAUCAUGGAAAUGACAAACCAGACAUCAGGAAUUCACACUGUCCAAUGGAUACGUUCUGUUGAGGUCAGUGAUGACGGUUCCAUGAAGAGAUCGAUGAGAUUUGGAUUUGAUGGAAAGGAUUUCAUUAGUUUAGAGCCAGACAGAAUGAGAUGGGUCGCAUCAAAUCACUUUGCAGUGAAGCUGAAGGAGAAAUGGGAUUCUGAUAAAUCCUGGAACAACUACUGGGAAACAUACCUCCAAGAAACUUAUGUUGAUCAUUUGAAUAUAUAUUUUCAAGCAGGAAAUGAAUAUCUCAAAAGAAAAGUUCAGCCUGAAGUGUUCAUCUCCAGGAGUGAACCCAAUCGUCAGGAUAAGCCGCUCACUCUCUCCUGCCUGGUCACUGGAUUUUAUCCUGUAGACAUCGAGGUGACCUGGCUAAGGGAUGGAGAGGUCAUGUCUGAGACACAAUCCUCGGGGAUUCGACCGAACCAUGAUGGGACCCAUCAGACCCAGAAAGAGAUAGAAAUCAGUGCUGGGGAUGAGGAUCAAUAUUCCUGUCAAAUUGAACACAGCAGCCUGUCAGAGGCCAAGCUCUAUCAGUGGGGAAUCCCCGAAAACAGUGUGGACUGUUCCCAUCUUGUAAUUGUGAUUGGAUUAGUCACUGCAAUGGCUGUAAUAUGCGGAAUAAUCAUCUGGAAAAGACCAUGGAGAGAUUCACCAAGUGGGACCUACACAACAGCUCGCAAUUGAACAGUGGAUCCUGGAUUGGCAGGUUUGAAUCCUGAUUCAACUGAGGCCUCCUCCAGUCAUGCUUCCAUCUCUUCUCAGAAAAGUGAGCAGUGUCACCGUCAGAGGGAUCUUCACGGAUGGUUUCUCCCUCACACAUUCUCAUCUUCACUGGAUCAAUCAUUUUCCUGAAAUGAAGCAAUAUUCUGAGCCAACUCAUUUUGUAGGGAACUGGUUGAUUUUGCACAUUAUACAACAAAGUUUCAAGUUUUAUGUAAAUAUCUGUAUAAAUUUUGUAACUCUCUUUUUUUAUGUUGACAAAAAUCUCUCACUAUUCUGUUUGUAUUCUAAUCUAUUUUAAGCUGAACUGAUCUGUUUUGCACAUGAAGUAACCGAUGUGAACAAACUUGAACUCUUAUGUAAGGUACCUUUAUUUUAUUUCUUCACGAUAAGGUUUGUACAAUCGCAAAACUUUGUUACUUUUUAUCAACAACGUUUAACAGCAGAUGCUCAUAAUUGUGGUUGCCUGUCAAUAAAUUAUUGUUAAUUA